CAUAUUAUAUAGCUUCCUGUGCACGGAAAACGUUGCUUUGAGAAAUCCUUCAGCUUCUUUUACACUCUUGAGUUUUUUUUUUUUUUUGUGGUCUUCUUGUUUGCACCGUUUCCGAACAAACAUGAGUUUGCUGAACAAGCCCAAGUCGGAGAUGACCCCAGAGGAGCUGCAAAAGCGGGAGGAGGAGGAGUUCAACACGGGGCCGCUGUCGGUGCUCACCCAGUCCGUGAAGAACAACACGCAGGUCCUCAUCAACUGCAGGAACAAUAAGAAACUGUUGGGCCGGGUCAAGGCCUUUGACAGGCACUGCAACAUGGUGCUGGAGAAUGUGAAGGAGAUGUGGACGGAGGUCCCAAAAAGUGGUAAGGGCAAGAAGAAGUCCAAGCCAGUCAACAAGGAUCGAUACAUCUCCAAGAUGUUCCUGCGUGGUGACUCUGUUAUUGUGGUUCUGAGGAACCCUCUCAUCACAGGGAAAUAACUUUUGGCCUCUAUGCUUCUCUCCUGCUUUUCUUUCCAAAUUGGUAGCUCCUGUUCCCUUUUUUUCAUUUAAGUAGUUUGAACUUUAAUAGAAUUUUACCUGGUAUCUCAGGUAUCAGUCAGUUCCUGAUAGGGACUUUCAAAGCCCUAGAGGGCUGGAAUUGCCUCUUUAGGCUGUUCUUUACUACUGGCUUUUUUUUUUCUUUAAAGUCUCUGCAUAUUUUAUUUUUGUCAAGUUUAUGAAUGAAAAGGAUGUAAAAAGCAACAGUGAAACAUUUGCAGGAGUUUGCCAUGCAAAUAUAGCAGAUUGCUUUUUUUAUUGAAUGGAAGUUAUCCUUUCAAUAUUCACUCUUGGAAUGUCUUCACUAGUUGAUGUAAUUUGUAUUUGCUUUGUUUUUGUAAUAAAAUGUGUAAAUAUCA